AUGACGGACCUCGCCAAGAUCCUGCCGUCAUUCAACACCGCACCGUUUUCCGCGCUACUGUCCGUCGUCGAGCAGCAUGCCCUCUCCACGACGGACCUCCUCACGCAGCACCCCGUCGACCUCGCCAAGCAGACGCACCUCGCGCUCCUCGACCUGAAGCGCUUCAUCGCCGCCGUGCAGGCCUCCCUCGCCGAUGACCUGACGCCCGAGAAGCCGCUGGCGACCGCGCGGGCCCCCGAACAAACAGCGGCGCCGCCACCACCCCCAGAGGAGGACAAAGGAGAGGGCGAUGGUAGCCGCGAGCCCGAUGCCGCCCCCCCGCCGGCGGUGGUGAAUACCGCGCCCGCGCAGACGACGCCGUGCAUCAGCACCCUCGACGACACCCUCGACGCGGCGCUCGGCGGCGGCGUCCCGGUCGGCUACAUCACCGAGUUCACGGGGGAGUCUGGCGCGGGCAAGACGCAGUUCCUGCUGUCGCUGUGCCUGGCCGUGCAGCUGCCGCCGCCGCGCGGGCUCGGCCGGCAGGCGCUGUACGUGUCGACCGAGGCGGGGCUCACGACGCGGCGCCUCGCGCAGAUGCUCGGCGGCGCAGCGGCGGCGCCAGACUGGGCGGCAUCACCGCCGCCCUCGCUCGACCACAUCCUCAGCACCGUCACGCCCGACCUCGAGUCGCAGGAGCACAUCCUCGAGUACCAGGUGCCCGUGCUGCUCGCGCGCCACGACAUUGGCCUCCUCGUGCUCGACUCCGUCGCCGCCAACUACCGCGCCGAGUUUGAGGGCGGUGGUCUCGGCGCCCGUCUCGGGUCCGGCAUGGGCGCGCGCGGCGCCCAGCUCGUCCGCCUCGGCGCCCAUCUGCGCGACCUCGCCCGCCGCCACGGCAUCGCCGUCGUCGUCGCCAACCAGGUCGCCGACCGCUUCGCCAGCACCGCGGUGCCGCCGCCGCCGCCGCCGCUCCACCGCGGGAUGCCACCGCCAGAGAGCCCGCUGGCGUCCCGCGGCAGACAACAGCAGCAGCAGCAGCCGUCGUCGACGACGCUGCAGGCCACGCCGACGUCGUCGAUGCCCAUGCCGACGCCCGACGACGCGGGGCCGCUCGCGCCGCCGACGCUGUUCCUCGACCACCAGCAGCGCUGGUUCACGGGGUGGGGCGACGAGCCGCGGUCGUCGUACGCGCUCAAGACGCCGAGCCUCGGCCUCGUGUGGUCGACGCAGAUUUCGUGUCGCGUCGCCCUCUUCAAGCGCCCCGUGUACGGUCGCCCGCGGAGGUUCGCCGCGCCGCUCGACGCCGACGACGACGGCGGCGGCGAGGACCGCGAGCCGAAUCUCAAGUCGUGGAGGCGCUGGAUGAAGGUCGUGUUCGCGCCGCAUGUUGCCGCGUCCGGCCAGGGCAUCGCGGACGCGGUCGAGUUUGAAGUCACGGCUGGUGGGCUGAAGGCGGUGAUGAAAGAGCAUGGCAAACCCAAGAGUUGA